AUGCCCGUCGCGACUUACCAUUACCAAGCGCUCAAAGAGGCCCUCGCCGCUUCCAUCUCCACCGCCGGCGACGUGCGCCGCCCCCACGCCCUCGCCGUAGUGUCGGGUCUCGCCAGCAACGGCUACGUCGUCUCCCUCCUCGUAUCUCGCUACUUCCGCCUCGGCGCCGCCAAUGCCGCGCGCAGGGCGUUCGACGCUGUUCCCCGGCCCCGGGCAGCAUCGCUCCCCGUCUCGGCGCCGCCGCCUAAGCCCCUCCUCUACAACGCCAUGAUCCGCGGGUACCUCGCUCUCGGCCUCCCCCGCCUGGCGGUCGGUGUCUUCCGAGAGAUGGCGUGCCCGCCCGACCGCCACACGUACCACCUCGCCGUGAUGGCGUGCGCUCGCGCGUCGGAGUUUGAGCUCGGCCGGCGUAUCGGGAGCGAAGCGUGCUCCAGAGGGCUUUCGACCGACCUCCUGGUCGGGACGGCGCUGGUCGUAAUGCAUUCUGAAGCAGGUGACAUGGAGGCCGCUCUCAACGUGUUUGAUGAAAUGCCGCACCGCGAUGAUGUGGUGUGGAAUGCCCUCAUUGCUGGCUAUGCCCGUGCGAAUUGCAUGGGAGAGGCUCUCAGGUUAUUUGUAAGGAUGAGGAUGGUGGAUGGAGUGUCUCCGACUGAGGCGACACUGGUGAGCUUGGUUUCCGGGUUUGCAAGCUAUGGUUCUUGGAAGGUCUGCUAUAUGAUGCAUGCUGCUGUGAUUAGGUCUGGUUUCCAGCUUAACGUCUGUGUUUGCAACUCUCUCCUGGAGCUUUAUCUUUACUCCGGCUGUUUGAGGGAGGCUGUGAUGUUGUUUCGUCAGAUGGAGGAGAAAGAUUCCAUCACUUGGAGUACGAUGAUUGGUGGGCUUGUUCGGAAUGGACGACCCAAUUCUGCUCUUAACCUCUUCCACUGGAUGCUGUCAAAUUCGACUGUGUCGGCCACUAGGUCCAUCUUGCUUAAUGUCAUUGCGGCCUGUGCUGAGCUGGGGCAGUGGGAACAAGGAAGAUGGAUUGAACAAAGCUAUGUGCUGGCUGAUUCUAGUGAAUUCAAUAGAGAUCCAUCUUUGGUAACUGCACUGAUAUAUAUGUAUGCAAGGUGUGGACAGUUAGAUUCUUCAAUUGCUCUUCUACAUGGAGUUGCAGCAAUGAGAGAUGACAUAGUUGCAUGGAAUGCCAUGAUCAAAGGCUGUGGAGUUAUUGGGGAAGUGGGAAAGGCAAUAGGAUUUGCAGUGGAAAUGCAAAGGGUAGGCAUUGAUCCAGAUGCUGUCACAUUCUUGGAGAUCCUACCUAUGAUUUCUUCGAUUCCAUCACUGAAGAAGGGGAUGGAAGCACAUGGUCAGAUCGUUAAAAGAGGUUUCCAGAGUGAAAGGGCAAUUGCUAAUUCACUCAUCACCAUGUAUGGUCGAUGCGGGGAUCUUAGACAUUCAUUUGACACCUUUAGUGGGAUUGUGGACAAGGAUGUAAUCUCUUGGACUUCUAUGAUUCAGGUAUAUGCCUGGAAUGGACAUGCUGCUGAAGUUGUCCAGCUUUUUGAGCUGAUGAAGAAAGCAGAAGUGAAACCGAAUCGCUACACCUUUCUUGCCGUGCUGUCUGCAUGUAGGAACACAGGUCUUGUUGAAGAGGGAAUGGACUUGCUCAAGUUCAUGGAAGAGCAAUAUGGUCUUGAGCCGGAUGUUGAGCAUAUUUCAUGUGUUGUUGAUAUGCUCUGUCGUACUGGACGCUUGGCUGAUGCAUAUGACCUGAUAAAAAGUACUAUUUCUGAACGUGUAGACAAUCAUAUAUUAUGGGGGAUAUUGCUAAGUGCUUCCCGUUUAUCUGGGAAUUUGGUGAUUGGAGAAGCAGCUGCCAGACAUCUCUUGUCCCUAGAUCCAGAAAAUCGGGCCAACUAUAAAAUGCUUGCUGAUAUUUAUGUCUCGCUUGGGAGAAGGGAUAGUGCUGAUAAUAUCCUUAGACUAUCAUUGUCAAGAGGGCUAGACUCGAAACCAGGCUGCAGCUGGACUGAAGGUGGCUAA